AUGAUGAUGAUGUUGAGCAAUAAUGAGGAUGCGGAGGUGGAGAAUAAGGAUAAGGUGGUGGAUGAUGGAGCGCCAAGACUGAUAAAGGUGUGUGAGCAUCCAAGGAUUUAUAGAAUAGCCAACUUCCUAAGCGACAAGGAAUGUGAUUACCUCAUAGAUAUAUCAAAGCAAAAGCUAAGACCAUGCAAUGAGAUAUCAUCAGGUGUUCAUCGAAGUGGAUGGGGAGUGUUCCUAAAGGAAGGAGAAGAGGAUCAUCCAACAACUCAGAAUAUAUUAAAUAGAAUGAAGACCUUUGUAAAUAUGAACAUGAGUUGUGAAGUGAUGCAGGUUAUUAGAUAUAAUCCAGGUGAAGAGACAUCGGCACACUUUGAUUACUUCAAUCCAAUGACGGCGAAUGGUGCGAUGAAGAUUGGACUGUAUGGCCAGAGGAUGUGUACCAUUUUGAUGUAUCUGACAGAGGUGGAGGAGGGUGGCGAGACAUCAUUCCCCGAGGCCAAGGUAAAGGUCAGGCCAAUCAAGGGCGAUGCCGUUCUCUUUUACAAUUGUAAGCCAAAUGGAGAGGUAGACCCAAUGUCACUACAUCAAGGAGAUCCAGUGAUCAAGGGAACCAAAUGGAUCGCCAUCAAGCUGGUCAACAAUAAGAAUAUUGGUCAGCCACAGCAGCCACUCCAGCAGCCACAUACUCCAAUAGACUCCAGUGCCACUGCUCCCAACUCUACAAAUUCUCCA